AUGAAUAGGUUUAAAAGUUAUCGGUUACUUCCCACAAUUAAUCUUUUAAAAAAUAAAAAAAAUAAAAAUCUUACUCAUCAACCAUUAAAGCGUCAGCUGAUAAUACCAACAUCAACAAAUUCAAGAGAUAUCAUCAUUAAACAAAAUGCAAAAAAAUUUGACACAUCAUCAAUGACAAAAAUAACAAAAACAAAAACUAAUCCAUUUGGAUUUUAUUCAUCUUCUUUGAGGUUUUAUUCCGAUGUGUCAACAUUGACCCGAGAAAAUAUUGAGGCUAGGAUUCUCGAUAUUUUGAAAGCAUUUGAUAAAGUUGAUCCUUCAAAGGUAACCACACAAGCACGUUUUGCUGAUGACCUUGGACUUGAUAGUUUGGAUACUGUUGAAGUGGUGAUGAAUAUUGAAGAAGAUUUUUCAAUUGAAAUUCCUGAUAAAGAAGCUGAUGAAAUUAGAUCAGUUAAAGAUGCUGUUGAUUAUAUUUCUAAAAGAGAUGAUGCACAUUAA